CAAUUCAACUCACCGUCACACCGUCUACCUCGCGCUGGCUGCGUGAACAAAUAUCUCUCCGAACCUAGAAGCAGAAGCGGAUUACGCAUGCUAUUCUGAGCAAGAAUCGCCUCCAAUCUCACAGCUUGACUCGAGCCCUAGAGGAGUAGAGAGCCGCACUGCGCGAGUGAGCGGUGGGCCAGCUCGAUGGCGCUGCCUGCGACCUGUUCGACGUUUUGCCUGAAAGGAGCGGAGCAGCGUGGCCCGCCCCGUCGGAGCUUGCACAGGUUACCUGCGCGCGCCGCGAGCCUCAUAGGCUUCGGUUCUAGCCCAGGCCGCGGGAGGCUCGUGCUCGCCGGCUGCGCGCGGGCGGGGGAGAGCGACUCCAAGGCCGUGCAGCUGGUGCUCGGCGGCCGCGCGGGCGACGACACCGACUCCGAGUCCAGCGACGACGAGGGCGGUGAGGACGGCAAGGUGCGCAUGACGGACGAGGAGCGGAGGACGCUGCGCCGGAAGAUUCGUGAGAUGAUGGACCGCGUCCCGGAGACGGCGGAGCUCACGGACCCCGAGGAGCGGAGGGCCAAGAUGCGGGAGCUGCUGACCAAGUACGAGCUGGUGGUUGAGGAGGAGGACCCGGACUGGCCCGAGGACGCCGAGGACGGGAUGGGCUUCAGCCUCGGCCAGUUCUUCGACAAGAUCACCAUCAAGGCCGAGAAGAAGGAUGACGCCGAGGAGGAUGACGACUCGGGGCACCAGAGCGAUAAGGAGAUUGUCUGGGAGGAUGACAAUUACAUCAAGCCGAUUAGGGAUGUCAAGACACAGGAUUGGGAUGCGUCCGUGUUUACCGAUUUCGGACCGAUGGUUGUGCUUGUGCAUAACAGAUAUAAGAGACCACAGGAGAAUGAGAUGGCGAGGGCUGAGCUUACUAAGGCGAUUGAGAUGUUUUGGGAACACAAUCUGCCAUCACCAAGGUGUGUGGCGGUAGAUGCCUGUGCCGAGCCUGACCUUGUGGAUGCACUGAAGGUUUCUGGUUUCCCUGAGAUUCUCUUCACCAACGCAGGGAGGAUAAUACACCGUGAGAAAGUUGUCCGGUCGGCAGAGGCAUGGUCGAGGAUGAUGGCGUUCUUCUACUACAAAGCAGCAAGGCCACCGUUCUUGUGUGAAGCAGAUGGGAAGGGUCAAGAAAAGGUCCCUUUGAUGUCAUGAGAACAACAUGGAGGCUUGGCCUUGUAUUAGUAAUAGACUAAUAGUAGUCUAGUGCCUCAAAUCACCAGUGUACGCUAUUAGGACUAGUGUUGAAACUUUUAACUGUUACGGCAAAGCUCCACUACUCAGCCUCUUAGUGUGACAGCUUACAAUGCAAUGUCUGGAAAAUUCUGUCACAUUGAUUGCACAUUAGACUAUUGGAGUAUAGAUAUAAAAAUCACAUGGAUGUGUGAAGUAUCCAAA